GUGUAUUAUGAAAGCUGCGGAGUGAGAUGUUGGAUAACUGCUGCUUCCUUGCCCUCCUUAAAGAGCAUGUGGAAACGCAAGCGACUUUUACCCGCCUAGUUUUACUAAAAUACUUUUAAAGUAAUACAUUUUCAUUGAGAAAUUCUGAGUCAAGACAGCAUGGCAAAGAGGAAAAAGUCUGAAGUGCCUGAAGCCAAUACAAAGAAACCGAAGCAGAUGAAGGCAAAGAGCAGCGGAGCCAGAGCAAGUGCGAAGAAUGAAGACAAAGGUAACGACACCACAGAGAAAGAUGAGAAGCUCAAGAGGAAGGUCAAACCUAAACCACGUUCCUCCACAAAACAAGCUUCACUGAACAACUCAGCCUCUUCCAUAACCAGUAAAUACUUCCAGUCACCUGUCAGAGAGGAGGGCACUGACAGUGAUGACUUUGACAUGGUGACAUCAAGAACUCCUGUGUUUAAAUCCACAAACACCAAAAAAAAGGAGAAAGAAGAAAAUGAGGAGGAGGAGAAGAUGGAAGAGGAGGACAGUGAGGAAAGUGAAGAUGACUGGGAGGAAGUGGAAGAGCUGGCUGAGCCUCUGGGUCCAGUUGAACCUCCAGAACCCGUCCUACCCUCACAGCCAGUGGAGAUAGAGAUUGAGACUCCAGAAGUCAGGAAAAAGCAAAAAAGACAGGCGGAGUUUGAGAAUUAUCUGAGACGCAUGAUGAACCGAUACAAGAAGGACAUUCUGAUAGAUACUCACAAGGUACACCUCAUGUGUCUGAUAGCCAAUGGGAUGUUUCGCAACCGUCUGUGCAGUGAGCCAGACCUGCUGGCCAUCACUCUGUCCCUUCUGCCCCCGCGCUAUGCCAGUGUGGCAAAGGAGCGUAUCGACCAGAACUACCUCUCUGGGCUGCUCAAGUGGUUUAGAGCAACAUUCACACUCAACCCCAGUCUGCCCUGUGAGGAGCGUCCGGACCCCUGGGCUCUGCUGGGGAGACGACUAGCGAGCCUCUCAGCCAGAAACCACCAGGAAAUGACUCAUCUGUUCUUGUUGGUCCUGAGGUCUCUGCAGUUCUUCUGUCGGUUGGUCCUCUCUUUGCAGCCGAUUCCUCUCAAAGCCCCACCAGCUAAGGGCAAAGGGCCUAAAUCACCCUCGACUGCCCAAAGAAAAAGCACGAAAAACACUGGCAAGGAAGCCUCAAAUGCCAGUAAGAGACCAGCAGGUGGAGGACAGUCCAAAGGAGAACGAGGGGGGAAAAAAGCAAAGACAGAAAAAAUAAAGGAGGAGGAUGAGGAAGAUGAGAAGGCUAAAGUGUCUGUAGGGCAAAGGCCAAAGAACUCUAAGCGACGCAGCAUUGCCUCAAAAGUCAGCUACAAGGAAGAAAGUAACAGUGAAGAAGAACAUGAGGAGAGGCUUAGUGAUGAGGACUUCCAGGCAUCAAGUGAAGAGGACAGUGCAGAUUCAGAGAGUGGUGCUAAAUCUACAAAGAAGAACAAUGGCAAAAGGAAAGUGUCCAACAACAUGAAAACUCCAGCUCCAAAGAAAAGAAGUAGUGGGGGAAAUAAACAGGUAAAGGAAGAGGAGCAGAAGAAGGAGGAAAAUAAAACAGACGAUGAAUUUGAAACCAACUCAACAAAGUGGAGGAGCAGGAAAAAGAAGGAGGGGGCAGGAGCAGAUGAGUGGUUAGAGGUCUAUCUGGACAAAACCUCCUCCUGGGUUUGUGUUGAUGUGGAUUAUGGUGUCGGAAUGCCUCAGCUCUGCUCCCAGAAUGCAACAGCACCUGUGACGUAUGUGGUGUCAGUGGACAAUGAUGGAUUUAUAAAAGACCUGGGAAGGAAAUAUGACCCCACCUGGAUGACAUCAUCCAGGAAGAGGCGGGUGGAGGAAGAGUGGUGGGAGGAAACACUUGAGCCCUUCCUGGGACCUGAGGACGAGAGGGACAAGAAGGAGGAGAAGGAGCUUCAGAAUAAGUUGCUGAAUAAACCACUGCCCAUCUCAGUCGGGGAGUACAAGAACCACCCGCUGUACGCCUUAAGGAGGCACCUGCUGAAAUAUGAAGCUAUCUAUCCUUCAACAGCUACAGUGCUGGGGUACUGCAGGGGAGAGCCGGUGUACUCCAGGGAUUGUGUGCACACGCUUCACUCCAGAGACACAUGGCUGAAAGAAGCUCGGACUGUCAGAUUAGGAGAAGAGCCAUAUAAGAUGGUGAAGGGUUUCUCAAAUCGUUCCCGUAAGGCCAGGAUGAUGUCUGAGCUGAAGGAAGAGAACGACCUGGCUCUGUUUGGAGAAUGGCAGACUGAAGAGUACCAGCCACCCAUAGCUGUGGAGGGGAAGGUUCCUCGUAAUGACUACGGUAACGUCUACCUGUUUAAGCCCUGUAUGUUACCAGUAGGCUGUGUUCAUGUCCGGCUGCCCAACCUACACCGCGUCGCUAGGAAGCUGAACAUCGAUGCCGCCUCUGCUGUCACAGGAUUCGACUUCCAUGGAGGAUACUCACAUGCUGUGACUGACGGUUACAUUGUUUGUGAGGAACAUGAGGAGGUUCUCAGAGGGGCCUGGGUGGAAGAACAAGAGCUUCAGAAACAGAAGGAGAAAGAGAAGAAGGAAAAGAGGGCUAUAUCUAACUGGACUCUGCUGGUGAAAGGGCUUCUGAUCAGAGAGAGGCUUAAGCAGCGCUACAGCAAGAAGAACCAGGGACUGGCAAGCCUGACUCAAGGAGAGGAGACCGGGGGGUUUUCGUCUGAUGAAGAGGCAGUUGGAGAUGGAAGUCCUGGAGCAAAGACUGCCGCUGAAACACUAGCCAUGUCCUGGCCCCAGAAUAGACAAGCAGAGGAGGAUGAGGGGAGCAUCAGUGGACUGAAGAAAAAGGCAAAAACAAAACGAGAAAAGAGAGGACAAGAGAAACACAUGUUCCCCUUUGAGAAAGUGUGAUGUCAGAAAUCCAAAACUGCUCCCAGGCUUUGUUAAAUCAUCUUUGAUAAGAACAAAGGCACUUAUCUGACUGGUGCAGACAGUAACCUUAUGAGCAGGAUAAAGUGUACCUCAGGUGGAACAGAUUUGAUCCUAUCUGGACCUUUUUCCUGAGAGACAGAAAGCAAGAUCAUAGUAAAUUGAUCUUCAGAUUGAUCUGUUACCUCCAACACUGAAUAUUCCUGCAUUCAACAAGUCUGUCUCCUCAUUACUGUACAUACAUACAGUACCUCUGAAUACUUAGCUUAUUUGUAUGAUAGCUGAAUGGAAUUUCAGUACAUGCCACAACAUUGGGAGAAAGGCACUUAAGUUGAUUAUCAAAUCCAGCAAGUUGACACAUGCCCUUGAAAACUGUGUCAUCAUCAGAUUUUCUUGAUGAGAAAAAAAUUAACUGCAAUGUGAAUAAAGUGUCCUUACAAUUUUAAAUGUUAAGAAUGACAUAAAGACACUAGGCCCUCUUAGAACUAUUCAGUUGGUAUGCUUUGAUCAUUUUCAACAUUUCAGUUCACAAAACAGAAAAUGUGUGUGCAGACCUGAAUUAUUGGAUGGCCUAGCAAAAAUAAUGUAUAUAUACCGUGAAUCCAGACCACUGACAACAUUACUGACUGAUAAAUGUGUUUAUUUUUGCUUUAAAAUUGCUGAACUUCCGUGAAAACUUGCUAAAUCUCAGAAUUUACGAAACAAUUAAUCACUACCACAUACUCUCCACUGCCUGCUACUGUUGAAUUUCAACACAUACGACUGAAGUUGUGUUCAGCCACUUUCUACAACCAGCCAAAUAGAGCACAGCUAUUUUUACUGGCUUGAAUUUUCACUGUGAAAAUGGAUACAGUGAGACAGAAAACUUGUGUUGUUGAGGUUUACUGGACAUGUUUUCUGACUGAUGGGCAGAGAAUCAGGAAGAACCGUUAAAGUUUAUGAAUGAAGAUCACUGAGGCUAAAGUUAAAAAGGCUUGUUAUCCAACCCUCACUUGGUCGUGACUUCUCACAAACCUUUACUUCCCAUUGCCUCUUUCCUUGUUAAGUUGCUGAAUCCAUGGCAGUUAAUGUGUUUCUGUGUUUCACAUUCAGCUGCUUCAUAUCACACAUCUCUUUAUCUCCUCACAGCUUUGUCACUCUUUCACACCUUGUGUAUGUAUAUGUAUUCCUACGCAGCAGAUGAUGGCUGAAUUUAAAAUAGAAUUUUUUUUUUUUGUAAGAUUGUAUUUUUUAAGACUGUUCAAUUAUCAGUAAAAAGUCAAACAACUAGAAUAAAUAUUG